AUGAAGGGCUUGUGUGAAUUGGACCUAGCGAGUUGUAGAGAAAUGAAACGCCGCGGGAUCCCAAUACAUGGGAAAAAUUACCGCUAUCGUCAGGUGUAUUAUUUGGGUGAAGGUUACGAUUGCAGCAUUCAUAAACGUCGCUUAGCUGAAGGUUGGAUACCUAGAGAUAUAAGGGACCCACUAGAUGACGAAACCUCGUCUGAGCUUGCACCAACAGCCGAUUACUAUGACUUUGACAUCGCAAGCCAGUACAGUGAAAAAAAUGUUUAA